UACAACAUGAAGUUACUGAUUUUCUCCAUGCAAAAGCCGGGCUUCUCUUUGCUUGCACGCCGGUUGCUACCGUAACAAGCGAAGUUUCAUUCGAAAAGCCAUCUAGUAGCCAUAAUAUCCACUAGAGUCAGAGGGAAAAUUCUAAUCUUGUUGACGCUUGUAGACGAUAAAGUCCCGAAAUCCAAGCAAUCUUUGGCACUUUGUUUACAUGGGGUCUAACAGCAGCCGGCUCGGCUCUGGUGUUUCUCAUGAGUGGAACCCAGAGGAAAUUUUUAGACAGCAGCCUUGGUUUUGCUGCAGGUGUAAUGCUUGCGGCCUCAUACUGGUCUCUUCUAGCUCCUGCCAUUGAAAUGGCAGAAAGCUCAGGAAUGUAUGGAGAAUCAGGAGAAUAUGCCUUUGCUCCUGUUGCUCCUGGUUUUUUCUUAGGAGCUUUAUUUGUUUAUGCAGCUGAUCAGUUGAUGCAUUACUUUAAAAUUGGAUCAACAGAAUUAAUGAUUGAUAUGAAUGUAGAGUGCAAUUUGUCUCCAGAAACAAAACAAAAAGGGAUUGUUGGCUGCCGUUAUGAUGGAUCUUGAACAAAUCCUGGACAAUAAACCUAUCCGUCCUCCAAUGAUAUCAACGCUGGCGAUGAGAUGACAAGACAAAACCGAAAAUAUACACCCGUCGAUAUAAUAACGGUUACAAUAGCAACCAAGGAAAGUGCGAUUUCGGCCAGUUGCGGUCAAACGUUUUGGAGCCAAAUUCUCAUGUAACAUGUUGGCCUUUUGUAUUAUUCUAUGACCCUGUGAGAUGGGCUUCAUGCGAGGAAUACUUGGAUAUAGUUGGAGAUGAUUCUGAGAAAACACGGUAUCUCUUAUCGUUUCCUUUUUUGGAUACCAAGUUCUAUAUGUAGGUUCAUCCGAAUGUUAGUUUGGGAAUUUGUAAUUAUUGGUAAUCUAUUGGUUUUCUUUUACCUGACGCGUAAAGUAAAUAACUAAGAAGGAAAAUUUAUAUUUCAUUAUUAAAAAGAAAUCAUUAAGAACUUAAGUGGUACUGUAGAUUCUUACACCAUUUAACUCUUGGAUGGCUUGAAAAAUGCUGGUGCUUCUCGCGUUCGAUUACUGCUAUUGCCAGCUACUCACUUAUUUUGUAUGUAAAUUGGAUGACGAUAAAAAAUGUCGCCUGUUGCUACAUUAUCCUGAACUAUGCAUAUACAACAAUACAAAAUAAAAAAACAAA